AUGUCAACAGCAGGGUACUUAAAUAAAUACAAUAACAAGAAAUAGAAUGAUACUAAAUCAAUUGUAAGUUAACAAUCUAGUAAAAAGAGUACAACUACAGAUGUAAAAACAAAAGAAGACAUAUUGAAUAAAAUGCAAUAGAACGAAGAGAAGCACAGACAAUUGAUGAUUGAAAAUAAUAAAAGGAGAAAGGAAUAAGAAAAGAAACUCAAAUUGCAAGAGGAGGAGAAGUAGAAAUAAGCAGCUGCAUUGCUUGAUCAAAGAAAGAAAACAAAGGAAUAGGCUUAUAUCAAUUAUUUAAGAAACAAUACCAAAUAAAUAUUGGCAGACUAUUAACCCAGGUAAACUGAUUAUCCUAAGCAAAAUCCAAAACCUCCAUUGGAGAAGAAAGUAUAAACAAAUUACAAUAAUUUCGAAGCACUUGAUCUAGAAGUAUCCCAAGUUGCUAAGAACAAAAAAUUGCCUCAAGAAUUUUAAAAAUAAUGGGAAGAUUUUGAAGUCAUGAGGAAAAGUGAACUAUUAGAUAGUCUUGACUUAAGCAUGGCUUAAAAAUAAAAACCAACUCCAAAUCAAAAAAAGAAUGAUCUACAACAAUUACUAGGAUUACCAGAGGAAUGUAGUGAUGACGAAGAAGAUUUGUGGAAGAAUACAAUGAAAAAUGGAUAAUUGGCUAAAUAAAAUGCAAAGCCUCCUUUAUCCAAACCUGCUUAAUGGGCUGAAUAAGCAAUGACUUAAGCAGACGAUGUCUUAUCUAAAAUGAGUUAAAAACAAGGGACAGAAAGAGAUAAGAGAGAACAAUCUUCAUAAAAAAUAUAAUAAUAAGAACCAUUAAAUACUAAAUAAAAAUAAACUUCUUCAUCAGUUCCCAAAAAAACUCCUCCAAAUAAGAAUUAAGAACAUAUGAAAAUAUUAUAAUAAAAAGAAUAACAAUUGCUGUCUCAACAAAUGCAAAUUCAAUAGCAAAUAUAAUAAAAUACUGUUGAUACUAAUUAGAAUAACACUAAUAAUCCUUCUCAUUAAAAUCCUCCUCGAAAGCCUCCAUAAAAUAUAAGAAUUACUAAUAAAUAAAUACAUAAACAAGCUAGCAGUGUCCAAGAUGAACAAAAUCAUAUCUAAGAAUUUCUUCAGGAGGAUCUUUAAAAUAUCAACGAUAUGGAAAUGUAGAUUUAACUUGAACUAUUAAAUUUGAAUAAAGAGAACAAAUAAAAGAUAGAAUCAGUAUAGUAAAAAUAUGGAGUGAGAAAUUUGCAAUCUUCCAAUCAAGUAAACAGGGUAGUGUUUGUUUAGAAUUAAUAUCCAAUAAAGUCCUAAGAAGAUUAAAUUGAGGCAUCCUUAUUGAAAUUGGAUAUGAUGCUUUAAUAACCGCCUUAAAAACCAAUAGAAUAAUAAUAAUUUAAUAAUUAAUAAUAGCAAUAAUAAAUAAGUUACACAAUUCCGUUACAAUAAAAUAUCUAACAGAAUACUUAUUAACAAUAAUAGACUUAAUAACAACCAAUUAAUUAGUAAAAUUAUUAAUAAUAAUUAAACCCUCAAUAAUAUUAAUAAUUACUAGAAUAGUAGAAUUUUCUCUAGUAAUAAUUGAUAAGGGCAUAAUAAUAGAUAUAAUAGAUGCAGUAAUAAACACAACAAACAACAUAAACUACUAAUUAGCAAUAGGGAGAUUUUCCUCAAUUUCCUUCUUAUGUAUUACAUUAAGAUCAUUAGUCCUUUGUGUAAACAUUCUCAAACGGAAUACCUUAAUAGUAAUAGCAUUAGUAAUAGUAAUAAUAAUAAACAUUUAAUUCUAAACCGAGGAAUGUUAUUUCAAGUGAAAAUCAAAGCGUUUCAAUAGUUUCAUCAUAAUAGAACGAUAAAUAUACUUUUGAUCUAGAUUUUGGAGUUCAAAAAAAUCCCCAAAAUACUUACACUCAAUAAGCCUUAAAGAAAAUGACUCAGAAGCAAUCUUCAGUUAAAUCAAAUAUUCCAAUAGAGGAAGAAGAAGAGCCAGAGGAAGGUAAAAUAGAAGUUAGAAAAGAUUUAAGAAAUCUACUUUUUGAUUGA